GUAUUGACGUCAUAGACGACAACACGCUGAGUAUCACUGGAGAGAUUCCGGCGGUGUUAACGUCGGCGGUUUCGACUGGAACCUUCAGUUCAACUGGCACGCAGUCCCAGAUCGUGAGAAGAAACGUCACCAGAACUCGGCCGAACCAGUUUUUAGCCCAACUAUGGCCGGGGGACUGUUUAGCAUUGAUAAGCAGUUCUUUGAGAAACUGGGAACCUACGACAGCGGAUUUGAUAUUUGGGGUGGUGAAAAUUUGGAACUUUCCUUCAAGACGUGGAUGUGUGGAGGCACCCUUGAGAUAGUCCCUUGCUCACAUGUGGGACAUAUAUUCCGCAAAAGGUCACCAUACAAAUGGAGGUCAGGGGUUAAUGUACUGAAGAGGAACUCCAUUAGGUUGGCAGAAGUGUGGAUGGAUGAGUAUGCAAAAUAUUACUACCAGAGAGUCGGCAAUGAUUUGGGAGAAUAUGGGGAUGUGUCGUCCCGAAAAGAAUUGAGAAGAAAAUUGGGAUGCAAAUCUUUCAAAUGGUAUUUGGACAACAUUUAUCCCGAAUUAUUUGUACCUGGAGAGGCUGUCGCGUCAGGAGAGAUCCGCAACAUGGGUAUUGGUGGCAAGACUUGUGUUGACUCACCGGCACGUAAGGGAGAUUUCCAUAAACCGGUUGGACUCUAUCCAUGUCAUAGAAUGGGUGGCAAUCAGUACUGGAUGCUGAGUAGAACUGGAGAAAUCCGGAGGGAUGAGGCUUGUCUGGACUAUGCUGGACAAGAUGUGAUACUCUAUCCCUGUCAUGGGUCUAAGGGUAACCAAUUUUGGCAGUACAGACCUGAUACAAAACUCAUCCAACACGGCAGUAGUAAAAAAUGUCUGGCAAUUUCCGAAGACAAACAAAAACUGCUUAUGGAAGAAUGCAACAGUAGUUCACCAAAGCAACAGUGGAAAUUCGAAAAUUACGACGCUGCAAAACUAUAGUGCUGCGAAAGGGGCAGAACAAGCCAAUGGUUAACUCAUAAAUAACUGUGAUUUAUGAAUAACAGUGAUCGGUAACCGUUACUGUGUAACUGUUACUGACUUACUGCUACUGUGUAACUGUUACUGGCUUACUGCUACUGUCCUAUUGCAUGCGUUGAAAAAUUUCCCAACUUUUUAAACUGGAACAAUUGAUUAACUGUUACAUGUGUUGAUAGUAACCGUUACCGUAAACUGUUACUGUUGAGGUGAACUGGGACAAUAAUUAAUCAACUGUUAGUAACCGUUACCGUGAAACUGUUACUUUUGUCGAUAUGUGAGGUAAACUUGGACAAUUGAUAACGGUUACAGGUGUUGAUAGUAACCGUUACCGUUAAACUGUUACUUUUGUGGAUAUGUGAGGUAAACUUGGACAAUUUAUAACGGUUACAGAUGUUGAUAGUAACCGUUACCAUGAAACUGUUACUGUUGUUGAUAGAAAGUCACUGUUAACCUGUUACAUUGUCAAUAGAGACUGUCAAGUGAAACUGUUACUACAUUGUGAGAAAAAUAUAUCUACAGAUUUUCAAAGCAGCGGUCAUAAUAUUGAUAACUGGUUCUAGUAACUGUUACCUUGUAACUGCUACUGUCCUACUGCAUGACUGUGAAGAAAAAAUUUCCAAUUGUUGUUGAUAGUAACUGUCACCAUGAACCUGUUACUUUGUCAAUAGAGACUGUCAAGUGAAACUGUUACUACAUUGGGAGGAAAAUAUAUUUACCAAUUCCAAAAAAGGGGCUAAAAUUAUUGAUAACUGGUACUAGUAACUGCUACUGUAUCAAUGUUACUGCAUUGUUUAUCAUUAUGUUUUCCCAGUUAUUUGAACUGAGAAGUUGACAAUUCUAUAACUGGUACUGAUACUUCCAAGAACUGAUACUAGCUAACUGCAAAGUGAUUAUCAGAUGUAAGAGCAAAAAUCCUUUGAUGAAACCAAGAUGGAGAAUUAUAUAAUCACAAAAUACCAGUUAGUAGAUACAGUAUUAUAAAUAAUAGCUGAUGGAUAACUAAUUGUGUAAGUUACUGAUUUGCUCUAUCUUAACUGGUACAGGUCAACUGUUGAUACAUUGUGAAAAAUAGAACUAUUGAAAUACAAUAAUUUAUUUCACUAAUGUUUGAACAGAAAUAUUGUAGCCUAAUGAGAACAAAUUGGCAACCUGAUAACAUCUAUUAGUAACUGUUACCAACUAACUGCUACUGAACAGAUGUUUUUGAGGUAUAAAUGAUUUUUUUGGAGCAAAGAUAAAUAACAGGAUUUUAACAAAAAUAAUAAAAUCGCUGAAUAGCAGAUGUUGACAACUGUCAUCAAGUAACUGUUAUUUUGUAUCUGUUAAUGGUGUAAUCUUGUCUUGUCACCGUUACUGGAUAACUGUUACUUGAGAUUGACAAUGAAAUUUGGAGGAAAUAGACAUAGAUAAAGGAAUAUUGUCAACUACCUGCUACUGCUAAUGAGUAACUGUUACUGCUAAUGAAUAACUGUUACUGGUGUUCUCUUGGCAUGUCACUGUUACUUAAGAUUGACAAUGAAAUUUGGAGGAAAUAGACAUAGAUAAAGAAAUAUUGUCAACCACCUGCUACUGCUAAUGAGUAACUGCUACUGCUAAUGAAUAACUGUUACUGGUGUACUCUUGUCUUGUCACCAUUACUGGCUAACUGUUACUUAAGAUUGACACUUAAAUUUUGGGGAAAUAGACAAAUAGAUAGAUAAAUGAUAGAUAAUAGAUUUGAGGUAUAAUUUUGAGUAACCUGGCUGGCUCUGGUCUGGGAUGUCAGAGUUUUCAGGUCACACCUGAUCAAUUUCAGGGCCUCUGUCAUGACCUAACAACGGUUUCUAGGCAGCUGGGACCAAGGUUAUGUUGGACUAUAAUGUCGAAAUCUCUCAAUUAGAGAAAUAAAAUAAUGCAUGUCUGAGCAAUGAACCAAUGAAAUGAUCUAUGACAGAAAAUAAAUUAUUCAUGACAGAAAUUAAUUAAUGUGAAAUAUUUAGGAUAGUAUGGAAGAACAAAGACAUAUAAAGUAGUUUUUAUUAAAAUUAAUAGGUGCUAUGGUGAAGUGCAAUGAAUGGCUGAUCAAAUUGAAAAACAGGUGAAAUUAGAGAGAAAUUCAAAUGAUAAUUAUUGAUACUAAUCAAUGAGGAUAUUAAAUUUGGAUUAAAUGUUAUAUAAAUAGACUAUCAAACUUUUCUGACUGUUGGUAAAGUUAUUUCAGAACCAAUUUGUCCCACUUUGUCAUUGUCCCACUUUGAUGAAGUCUGUUUGUGGUAAACUUUUUUCCAGUUUGUGGGUGAUCACAUUGUUGUUGCUGUCAUCCCACUUUGGCAGAGUCCUAAUAAAAUUGAAAAAUUUCUAGAAUACAUUUUUAUAUGAAAAUUUGUUGAAUAAACAAUGAUUGAACGUGUACUAAUUUAUUGUUAUUAUGAACUGUAUAAUAGAUUGAUAAAAGUGCAUAGAUAAAUUUCGAAUAAUUGUUCAUAAAUUUUAAUUAAUGAGGUUCACUGUGUGGUUGGACAUAAGUAUUGAGAAAAUUUGUGUAAAUUGUUGAACAUGUUUUAAAAUAAAUUUUUAUUAUAUGUUGAGAGAAGUGAGUUGGUGAUCUAUGAAAUGAAAUAAUUCUUUAAGUAAUAAGUGUUAUUCUUAUUUCUUAUUUUAUUGAAUUCUUAUUCAAUUUAGCAAUAAUACUUGAAAUUUACAAUAAAUCAGUUUAGAUAAAACUCUUUCAAGUAGAACUCUCAAUAUAAUUUUCAGUUGAAAAGAAAAUUUAUAACUUUCAAAAGAAGAAAAUGGAGAAGAAGAAUAGGAGAAGAAGAGGAAGAAGAAGAAGAGGGAGAAGAAGUGGAAGUAGAGGAAGAAGAAGAAGAAUCUUUCCAAUCAUUUCAUGCACAAGCCUAGAACUCAUGUGGGUACCAUAUACAUCAAAUUAAAUUAAUUCAAUAUGCAUAAUCAAAUGGAACAAAAAUCUUAUCAUUGUAAUUAUUGACAUAUCACUUAAUAAUUGUGCUCUAUUUUUUUAUUUAAUUUAUUAAUUUACAUGUUAGAGAAUUUUAUAGAUUGGGCAUAUCGUGAACAAAAAAAAAGACCACCAAAUUUAGAUUAUAAGUUAUAUUGAAUUUUCUAAACAUCCAACAAAUUACAGGUAAUUAUAUUAGAUAGCAAUAAUUGUUCAAUUUUUCAAUGGUUAAAUUUGUUAUCAAUUAUGAUAAUAAUUUUUAUGUAAAAGUAUUUCAUUAAUAAACAUUGAAUAUCAAUGUAAAUUACUGUUUUAUAUUGUCAAGUGUACAUAAUCAGUAUUGGUUAAAGUUUUUAAUUGAUAAUGUUGAAUUGUACAUAACAAUGUUCCAACUGUAAAAAAUACUUUAUUAUAAAUCUAGAUAUGUAAUUGACAAUUCUAAUACUAGUUUGUUGAUAAACUAUGGGGAUUAUUGGUUCUCGACCUUGAAUUCAAAAAAGUCCAAAAAAGGUGAAUUAAAGUCAAGUAUGUCCCAGAGUCCUUACUUUACAUCUACUAGAUAAAAAUAGGAAUCAUUGAUCUUCAAGAAGUCCCUCAAAGAUCAAGGUAAGGUUAGUAAGGUCGAUUAUGUCCUAGAAUCCCCAUUUUGUAUCUACUUAAGUAACUUUUUUAAUGUAUACUGUAAAAACAUGAACAAAAGACAUUCCCAUUUAUAUAGAAUAAAACUACUAUUAAAAUUAAUUUGACACACUUGUUAUAUAUAUUAACUGAAAUUAAGGUAAUUUAUGUAAUAAUUUUAGCUUCAUGUAUGAUAAUUAUUAAUAGUAUUAUAUAAAUAUUAAUAUAAUAGAAAGGGCGAAUAUACGAACAACUUGUAUAUAAGUAUGUUAUAGUUAGCUAAUAUUUGUCAAAUUUAUUUCAAACUUUUCUAGCAUGUUAAGGCAUAUGAAGAAUUUUUAUUGUACUAUAUAUUGUAAGAAGACUAUGACAAUUUUAUGAUUUUUGUCGUUAAUUAUAUUUUUAUUACAAUUAUUC